CUGUCUUCCACUUAGUUAUGCAUCUUUUCUCCUUCCUUCUGCCCUUCUCCUCCAUUGUUGUCUAUAUAAAGUACACUAAACGCUUCACCAGUCACCUGUGCCUGCCUUCACAAAACGCCUCAUCAUUAACAGAGGAGGGGAUGGGAGGAGGGAAUGGGCAGAAAUCCAAGACAGCUCGGGAGAGAAACCUGGAGAAGCUUCAGAAGGCCGCUAAUAAGGGAAGCCAGCUUCAGUCCAACAAGAAGGCCAUGACCAUCCAGUGCAAAGUGUGCAUGCAGACGUUUAUAUGCACGACGUCGGAGGCCAAGUGUCGGGAGCAUGCUGAAGCAAAGCAUCCUAAGUCUGACGUCUACACUUGUUUCCGCCAUCUCUCUUCCAAGUAAUGGAUGGAACCUGCAAGUUGAAAAUACUUGGAGAGAGAGAGAGAGAGAGAGAGAGAGAGAGAGAGAUUAGCUUAUCUAUUAGCAUGUAUGAUCAGUUUGUCCACCGAUGAAACAUGAAUGAAGCAGAUGUUUAUUGGCC